ACUCAGAGAGGGACAAGAAGAGGGUUGAAAGGAGCUAAAGACCAUCCUCAACCAGAAACAAGAGCUUAGAGUCAUCACUUCUGGAUCCAACUAUUUAUUUGGACUAAAGAAAAAAAAGAAAAAAAAGAAAAGAAAAAAAAUUGUGAAACUCGAGUUUUUAACCCACAGUAUCCAAGAAUUUUUUCUUUCAGAGAAAGACAACUACACAGACAUGGCGCCCUCUCUCGUUGUGGCCUACAGGAGGCGUUGGUGGAUGGCAGUGACGGCGGUGAUAGAGAACCUGCUGUGUUCAGCCGUCCUGCUGGGCUGGGCCUCUCUUCUCAUCAUGCUGAAGAGAGAGGGCUUCUACUCCCACCUGUGCUCAGUCAACAACUCUGUGGUCGUGCACUUGAACUCCACUGCCGACGGACACCCAGGCGAGUGGCACAGCUGCGUGGACCAGGAUGAGAUGUUGAAUCUGGCCUUCACCAUUGGUUCCUUCCUGCUGAGCGCCGUGACGCUGCCGCUCGGCAUUCUGAUGGACAGGUUCAGCCCACGGCCCAUCCGACUGUUUGGCAGUUCUUGUUUUGGUGCAUCGUGCAUCAUCAUGGCUAUAACUGCCUACAAUCCUACAUCUCUGUCGGCGCUCAUCUUCUUAGCCGUGUCCCUGAAUGGCAUCGGGGGAAUCUGCCUGACCUUCACCUCGAUCACGCUUCCCAACAUGUUUGGCCCUUUGAGCUCCACCAUCAUGUCUCUGAUGAUCGGCUCCUACGCCUCCUCUGCCGUCACAUUUCCUGCUGUCAAGAUGAUCUACGAGGCCGGUGCUUCGUUUCCCCUCAUCAUGUGGUUGUGGGCGGGKCUUGCAGGGCUGGUCUUCAUCAACUGUUUCGUUAACUGGCCCUCAGAUGGUUUCCCGUCUCCUGGCGAGGUGGACUACAGUAAGAUCCUCACGAGGCAGGAGCUGCCUUCAUCUGAGCAGAAGGCCGUGGGACGGAGUCUGAGUCAGAAAAACGGAGAUGUUCACCACUCCACAGAGAAGCUGCCUAACGGAACUGAAGCUACAGCCACAGAGGAAAAAUCUAAAGCUGCAGCCAAUACGGUUCGUUUCCGCCGCUCUGUCUUCUCCCCCAUCUUCUUGUGGAGUCUGGUAACGAUGGGGAUGACCCAGCUGAGACUCAUCUUCUUCAUGGGGGCGAUGAACAAGAUGCUGGAGUUCAUGGUCACCCACGGCCAAGAGCACCCUUCUGAUGAUGUGGUCACUGAGUCCACGAAUAAAGUGAGUUUCUACUCGUCCAUCUUCGGCACGCUGCAGCUGCUUUGCCUCCUAACGUGUCCUCUGAUUGGCUACAUCAUGGACUGGAAGAUGAAGGAGUGUGAGGAGGAGCAGAGUCCUGCAUGUGGGUCGGAGCAGAGACCUAAAAGGGACCGUAAGAUCCAGAAGCUGACGAACGCCAUGAGAGCUUUCAUCUUCACCAACUCGCUGCUGGUCGUGUUUGGAAUCUGCUGCCUGAUCGAUAACUUACCUCUGCAGAUCCUGACCUUCGUCCUCCACACCAUGGUCCGAGGCUUCAUCCACUCCUGCUGUAGCGGCCUUUACGCUGCCGUCUACCCGUCCAACCACUUCGGGACGCUGACGGGCCUCCAGUCGAUGAUCAGCGCCGUGUUCGCCCUGCUGCAGCAGCCCCUCUUCAUCCUCAUGGUGGGAGAGCUGAAGGGAGACCCCUACUGGAUCAACCUGGGCCUGCUGAUCUUCUCUCUGUGUGGCUACCUGCUGCCAGGUUACCUGUUCUACUAUCGCAGGACCCUCCAGAGACGGAGCACGCAGACCAAACAGCACCCUGGUCAGGAGCUGCAGGCCCUCAAAGCCAGCGAGGCCAACGGUCACAUGCCUCACAGCAACGGCUACGCUGCACUUGAAGCCUAAAGARCAACAGCCGAAGACCAGAGGAACGGAUUUAUUUUAGCUCCUUCAAAACAAACACUAGCAGCCCGCUCAUCCAGACAGCUUUAGGAUUUUUUUUAAAUUGUGCUCUUCUUAUUGGUCACUGCCAGUGCCCCKUUUGUUUGUUUGUAUGUUUGGAGAAAAGAUGUGUCGUCCACUGUCGCUGCUGUUUAUUUAUUGUGAUUCAGGUCCAAGAGCCAAAAAUCUGUGUCUGUUUUUAAAGCCAUAAACCUGAGCAGACACGGGGACAGGAUUUCGGAAUACUUGAAAUAACCGCUGUCGUUUUCAGACACUAAAGAUUCACGUUUUCAUGUGCCUCUUUAAAACUCUUAUUCAAAGCUUUAAAACAUCUAAAAGUGGUCUGAUUGGAGGACCAUACAAACCUCACACACACAAGAAGUGGUGAACUCUUUAGAGAACAUCUACCUCUGAUUUCCUUUUAUUGUCAUUGUUCUGCAAUAGAAUCUUUUAACAUCCAGUUAGAUUUUAAGGAAACACUAAUUUCAAUUUGCAGAAAGACCUAGAACGCUUGUUUUGCUGCUCGCUGCGUCMGUUUUAGACCUUUUUUUCAGAAGGGGGCGGAGUCUCAAUGUUGAGGAUGACUCUUUGCUGCCACCWUGUCGAUUUUUAGAACAAUUUGAGUAAAACCGACAGAUUUGUGGCAACUUUUGGUGUCGAAAGACGACUAUCGGUGCCGGCCAUCGACUUCCUGUAAGUUUGAUUUAAACCCRUCCAGUAGUUCACAAGAUAUUUAGCUAAAUAUGAGUUUUUUGUCCUAAAGAGAGCGGAUUAAUUCAGCUUUAAUAUUCCAGAAYGUUUUACUUACAGGAAGAAUAGACUUUAAUAAAAUAUGGCACCGUGUGAAUAUUUUCACUUUGUACAGCUUUUUGCGCAUUUUCUUUAAUUCUAGCAACGAAAAGGGAAAAAUGAUUUUGUAGGUGGCUCUGUAGAACAACGCUCCAAUGAUUCUGUUUUAUUCUAGCUCUGUAUUGUGUUAUUUUUAGCAAACCUUUUCUGUAGAUAGAAGUAGGGCAUGGAUUUUCGUACAUAUUCUGGUUGUAUUAUAUAUAUAUAUAUAAAUGGGUGUACAGUACAUGAAAUUUAAGCAGAGAAGUUUUUAGGCAAUUUUACAUCAAAAGUUUGUUUAGCAGGAAAGUAAGGAAAAAAGUAGCAACAAAAUGUCAUUUGUUGUACAUAGAGCUUUAAAAUCUUUUUAAAAUGUUAAUUUUUAACCAUUUGCUUCCCUUUUCUUUGAAGUGUUUUUAAAUGUAAUUGUUUUUCAGUGUUUGCCUCCAUGUCUGCCAAACUUUUUGCUUUUGUUUUCUCUGUAAACCAAAGUGGUCUCCUGGGACUGAAUAGUUUAUUAAUCAGAGCAGAGUCUGCCCUCAGGAGAGCAGACAGGAACAAAAUUAAUUUAAUCCUGCAGAACCGACACCAGGUUCAGGUUUUGUACGAGGUAGGAAAAAAAUAUCAGCAUUUCAGUGACGUCUCAAAGAGUUUGAAGGUUUUCGCCUGACAUGAGCUGUAUUUCAUAUUUCAUUAUUUAAACACGUCAUAAGUGGUCUGAUUGUCUCAAUCCUAAUUCAGGCAUAACUUUAAUAAUCUAAAGUUUUAAUAAGUUUAAUUUAGACUUGGAGCUCAUCCGUUUCUGUCAUUAAAGUGCUCAAUUUCUGCUUUCAGUCAACAGGUGUUGCAUUUGAUAAAUAAACGUUAAAACAGAA